AUGUCUAAUACACGCAUAACCACCGCCUAUGGAGCGCGGCCCUCGUACGAUUUACAUACAAACUCCAUAUCGCUGAAACAACGUUCCAAAUCCGCAAAUCCACCACAAUUACGGUCAUUUAGCGGCAUUCAGGGUACCCGACCCCGUUAUGUGCCGCCAUUUUCCAUACAAUCGCAGCAGAAAAACACGGUAGUCAUUAACGGUCCCAUACACGAGCCACCCGUCACUGCAAGCGCACGCGGUCGUCCACCGAAUCCCAAAUGUCUGAAGAAACAGCAGAAAUCAAUUUCGUCAUGCAAUUUAAAUGCUAGCCUUAACGCCUGCACGGCUAGCAAGAAUCCGGGGCGUGGCACAUUGUUUCGCAUGUAUUUUGAUCGCGGAGACUUGCCCAUUAAAAUGGAAUAUCUGUGCGGAGGCGAUAAGAUUGGCUGGACGGUGGACAUUGACAAGCUGGACUACAGUCUCUAUUUGCCGCUGUUCUUCGAUGGACUGGCCGAACCGAAGCAUCCAUAUAAGACCUAUGCUCGCCAGGGCGUUAGCGAUUUGCUUCAAGCGGGCGGCGAUAAAAUCCAUCCAGUGGUACCGCAAUUAAUUUUACCGUUAAAGAACGCACUGAGCACCCGCAACGUGGAGGUGAUGUGCACGACAUUGAAAAUCAUACAACAGCUGGUCAGGUCCUCCGAUAUGGUGGGUCCCGCCCUGGUGCCGUUCUACAGACAACUGUUGCCCAUGUUCAAUGCGUUCAAAGUGAAGAAUUUAAACUGCGGCGACGAGAUCGACUAUGCGCAAAAGAACAAUUUGAAUGUGGGCGAUUUGAUAGACGAGACACUGCAGGUGCUUGAGCUGCACGGCGGCGAGGAUGCGUUCAUCAAUAUCAAGUACAUGGUGCCGACCUAUGAGUCCUGCUAUUUGAAUUGAUCUCGUGUUCUUGUGUCUCAUAUAUGGCUAAAAUGAAAAGCAGCUUUUACAUGUUUUUUGCUUCAUAUACAUAUGUGCAUAUAUAUAUAUAUAUAUAUAUUUAUAUUUAUCACGAGUAUUUAU